AUGUUGGCCCGUCUCGCGAAUGCGUUCCGGUGGACGGGCUCGAGCUACGAGCUCUUGCCGAGCUCUGGCCACGGCAAGGCCCGCGCACAACACCUCCUGCGCCGGCGGGUGUGGCGGCGGUGCGCCAUCACGACGCUCUUCGUCACCGUUCUCCUCACAGCUCCGUUCGUGUUCUUCCCAAAGUACACCCGGAUCUGGCUUCCGAUGAUUUUUGGGCCGAAGCCGCUGCCGCCGCUGUACCCAGAGUUCAAGAAAGCGGAGCUCGCGCUGCCCCAGCACCAUGUCAAGGAUCCCUUCGCCGGCAGGCAGAAGUACCUCUGGGUUGCUAGCCACGUAUCUUGGUCGGGAUGGGGCAACUAUAUGCAGGAUAUGAUUAUGAUAGCACACCUGACCUACCGGUCUGGACGAACACAUGUCUUUGACGAUUAUACCUGGAACAAACACGGCCCCUCAUACUCUAUGUUCGACGAUAAACGAUGGAUGCCCUCACGUAUACCACUAUCUGCUUUCAUAUCCGGCCCUAUCGUAGGGGGUCCCUUCGCCGACGACGAUACUACUCCUCGGGCCAUUGCUAAGGCUCGCUGGGAGAAGAUCUGCCCUAAUCCCACCAAAAUUAACGUCAAGGAGAUCCGUGCGAUGCAUGGUCCAGGAGCAAACGCCGCCAAGAUUGAGGAGGCAUGGCUUGAGUACCUCAGCAAGAUCGACGAUCCAUGUGUCGAAGUCCCUGAGAAGUCGGAGAGCAUCUUCCACGUCUUCAUGUUUGGAAACAAGGACGAAAUGCUGCCUAUCUGGCCGUCGCUCUCAGCAUCACCCAUCCUUACGCUGUUCGGCUGGUCGACGUUAGCCCACCAGGGCUUCGAAGCCAACCGACACCUCUUUUCGCCAGUUACGUUGCACCAGCCGUCCAUCUCCGACCCUGCAUGCCCACACUGCGCCGAUCCCUACACCUCGCUCGAUGGUUUACUUGCGCUCCACUUGCGUCGAGGCGAUUUUGUCCAGCAUUGCCCGGAUCUGUGCCACUGGGGCGCAAACUUCAACGCCUUCAAUCGCUUCCCCGAGCUCCCCGACCAGUGGGUCAAACCGGACGGCCCCACUGAGGAGAGCGUGCCUGUCUAUAUGCGGCGGUGUCUGCCGACGAUCGAGCAGAUCAUCGAGAAGGUCGAGGAAGUGCGCGCGAGUGCAGCCGGGCACGGGCUCAGGAACGUCUACGUCAUGACGAACGGCGACCACGAGUGGCUCACGGACCUGAAGGCCGCGCUCCGGCGGGCGCACGCGUGGGAGCAUGUCGCGACGAGCCGCGACAUGGUGCUCACGCCUGAGGAGAAGCACGUCUCGCAGGCGAUAGACAUGCUCAUCGGGGAGCGUGCGCAGGUGUUCGUGGGCAACGGCUUCUCAAGCAUGACAUCGAACAUCGCGAUGCUGCGCGUGGUCCGGAGACUCGCUCCAGACACGACCAGGAUGUGGUAGGCUCGAUUGGGGGCACGGCCGUCGGACCCCAUGUUGCCACAUUAGUAAGGCGCGUGCUGUGUACAUAUGGCCCGACAGAGCCAGUUCACGACGUGGACGUGUGCCAAAUCGCGACGACAAGCAGCCGCUCAUCGCAAGGAAGAUGGAUCCCGUGAACAGAAAGUGCGGGCCAGUCCGCGGAUCCCGGUUGCGAACAGGCAUGCCACCAUCCCGACUUGCCUA